AUGGCAACCAUUGUGUUUAAAAAUGGGGAAAUUACUCUGGAGGUGAAUGAUCAACAAUAUGUAGAAAUAUUAAGUUUAAUAUUGAUAACCCCUGAGACCGAAGAAGGAAUUAGUGAGGAAAUAACAAAUCAGGUAUUUCCUGGGGUUUGGGCUACUGAUGUUCCMGGGAGAGCUAAGAAUGCACCUCCCAUACAAAUUAAACUCAAAGAGGGAAAACAGCCAGUUAGAGUUAAACAAUAUCCUUUAAGAAAAUAAGAUAGAGAAGGAGUUAGCCCAGUAAUAGAAAACUUUUUGCAGCUAGGAUUAUUGAAAGAAUGCCAGUCUGAUUUUAAUACCCCUAUACUACCCAUUCACAAACCUGAUGGAUCAUAGAGGGUAGUACAGGAUUUAAGGGCUGUAAAUAACAUUACAGAGGACCUCUACCCUGUAGUGGCAAAUCCAUAUACAUUACUAACUAAACUAACACCRGAGUUAACUUGGUUUACUGUUCUAGAUUUGAAAGAUGCCUUCUUUUGCCUCCCUCUCCACGAAGCCAGCCAGAAAAUAUUUGCUUUUGAAUGGGAAAGCCCUAAAAGUGGGCCUAAAACCCAGCUCACCUGGACAGUGUUGCYUCAAGGGUUCAAAAAUUGUCCUACCAUAUUCAGAGGUCAACUUGCUAAGGACUUAGAAUCCUGGGAGGUCCCAGCAUCAGAAGGAAAACUGUUGCAGUAUGUGGAUGACCUCUUAAUAUCUACCCAGACCAAAGAGGCUUGUCUUACCUGGAUGGGAAUUGCCUGGGGAAUAUUAGCACAAGACCUGGGUCCGACAGUUGCUUAUUUCUCUAAGCAACUAGAUACAGCAGCCAAAGGAUGGCCGGGGUGCCUCAGGGCUGUUGCAGCAGUCGUGAUGAACAUUCAGGAGGCACGGAAGUUUACACUGGGCCAGAUGACAGUACUAGUGUCACACACAAUGUCCGCAGUGCUGGAAAUGAAAGUCAGCCACUGGCUUUCCCCACAGAGGUUCUUGAAAUACCAAGCCAUCAUGGUGGAACAAGAUGAUGUAGAAAUAGUGGUGACCAACAUUGUCAACCCAGCUUCUUUCCUCAGCYGAAAUGAAGGAGAGCCGGYACACCACRAUUGUCUGGAGACCAUUGAAGCUACAUACUCCAGUUGUUGGGAUCUGAAGGAUACCCCUUUAGAUGAUGCAGAAACUUGGUUCACUGAUGGGAGCAGCUACAUUAUUAGUGGAAAGUGA